AUGAAAAGCACUAAGAUUUUAUUAGUCCUAAUUGCUUGGUUUAGCCAUGUGGACAGUAUCGGUAUAUCAAUUAAUCUUGAAAAUCAAGAAAGUAAUGGUUUUAUUAGGGUCAUGAGCACUUGUGGUGGUACCGUCAAAAGGUAUGUGCCCAACUCUGGUGUCAUGGUAAAUCAUGUUCAUGAUGGAGAUCUCUUUGUCUGGAGAUCAUAUCAGAAUAAUGUAAGAUGUAAAAGUGCAUUAGUAACAUUGGUCGAUGAAAAUACAAAAAUCCUUCACCUAGAGAUUGAAGCUGAUCGUCCGCUUUCACUGUAUUACAGAAAGAAGUUCAUGUGGCUUCCGAUAAGAGUUCAAGAAUACAACCGAAUGAUACCUGUAGAUGAUCCUGAAAGAUAA